CACCAAGGAUGCCCCGCCCUUGUUCCCGGGACUAGUUUAACCCUAACCUGGGACAACCCUCCGCCCUUUCUCUCGAGUGCACGCGGAUAUGGCGGAGCCUGAGUUGCAGCUAGUGGCGCAGCGCAUCCGCAGUUUCCCCGACUUCCCCAUCCCCGGCGUGCUGUUCAGGGAUAUCUCGCCCCUCCUGAAGGACCCCGACUCCUUCCGAGCUUCCAUCCACCUCCUGGCCAAUCACCUUAAGUCCACGCACGGCGGCAAGAUCGACUACAUCGCAGGCUUAGACUCCAGGGGCUUCCUGUUUGGCCCCUCCAUAGCUCAGGAGCUGGGCCUGGGCUGUGUGAUUAUCCGGAAGCGCGGAAAGCUGCCGGGCCCCACAGUGUCAGUCUCCUAUGCUCUGGAGUAUGGCAAGGCUGAACUGGAAAUCCAGAAAGACGCCUUAGAACCUGGGCAGAAAGUGGUUGUUGUAGAUGAUCUCCUGGCCACUGGAGGAACCAUGCGUGCGGCCUGUGAGCUGCUGGGCCAGCUACGGGCUGAGGUGGUGGAGUGUGUGAGCCUGGUGGAGCUGACCUCGCUGAAGGGCAGAGAGAAGCUAGGGCCCAUACCAUUCUUCUCUCUUCUGCAGUAUGAAUGACCAAGGGGCUGGAAUAGCUGCUAUAUGCCU